GCUGUGCCUGGGCCCGCCCCGUGACGCCCCGCCGGAAGCGGGCGCGGCGGGGCCGCCGGUGCCGGUGGCGGCAGUGCCGCCAUGGAGUUCCCAGACCUGGGCGCACACUGCUCCUGGUCCGCCUGCCAGCGCCUGGACUUCCUUCCCCUGAAGUGCGAUGCCUGCGAGCAGAUCUUCUGCACCGACCACAUUGCUUACGCCCAGCAUGAUUGCACUUCUGCUUACAAGAAGGAUGUGCAGGUCCCAGUGUGCCCCCUCUGUAACACCCCAGUCCCUGUGAGGCGGGGGGAGAUGCCUGAUGUUGUGGUGGGUGAGCACAUCGACCGUGACUGCAGAUCUGACCCUGCACAACGCAAGCGCAAGAUCUUCACCAACAAGUGUUUGAAACCUGGCUGCAAGCAGAAGGAGAUGAUGAAGGUGAUCUGUGACCAGUGCCACAGGAACUACUGCCUCAAGCACCGGCACCCCUUGGACCAUGACUGCAGUGGGGCAGGGCAUCCCCUUUCCAAAGCAGGGCAUGCUGCAGUUACCAGAGCCCAGGCAUCUGCCUCCAAAAUAGUCACUGCAUCGAGCAGUGGAGCUUCCCAGCCAAGAGACAGUUCCUCUUCUCCGGCCUCUGCCAGGGGAGGCAGAGCAGCUGCAUUGCAAACUCGUAGCACCUCCCCUCCAGCUGUCAUGCUGCAGAAUGGGCUGAGUGAGGAAGAGGCACUGCAGCGAGCUCUGGAGAUGUCCCUGGCAGAGUCAGCACACAGCUCAGCACAACCACCCAGCAGCACACAGGAGGAGGAGGAUCUGGCACUGGCCCAGGCACUGUCAGCGAGUGAAGCCGAGUAUCAGCAGUCGCAGCGGCAGGCACACAGUUCAAAGCCAUCAAACUGCAGCAUGUCAUAGGCAGGUGAGGCAGGUUGUGCCAGUGGACAUGGGAUCCUGCUUGUGACCCAAGGAGCGGUUCUGGCCUCCCGCAUGGAUGCCGUGGGUUCUGGCCUGGACACUGGUGACAAGAGCCCCUUGCCAAGGACAACUCAUCUCCCUGGGAGCUGUAAGCCACCAAAUACACACUAACACUUCAGCCCUAGUAUCUACAUGAAAUUAGUGCAGCAAAUUGCUGAUGCUCCUGGGGAGGUGAAGACUGUACAGGAUGAGGCUGGGCACACACUGAUCAAAGCAAGCAGCAGCCCAGGGUCUGCACUUAACCACAGUUUGCCACAGCCAUGUGCCAGCACUGCUAGGACUGUGGGGUGAGGGCAGAGCCGUGUGGGGACAUCUCUGCAUGCUCAGACAUACAGCUGGGAUGUAGCUGCCUUCUGCAGUAGCAGGGGCUAAGUUCCAUGCUCUGGGGAGGGCACUGCCAGSCCCUCAGCAAAGAGCAAAUGUGGCUGGGAUGAUCUCUUGCCUGGGCAUGGCACAGCUGAAUGUGCAGCCUCCCAGCAGCAUGAAGGCAGCCCCUUCCCUGCUCCCCACACCCUCGGUGCCUCCCUGCUGUUUGCAUGCACAAGAGCACGUUGGGCCUUACCCUGCUCAGCUGGGGCACAAGACCUCUCUGAGACUGAAUGAAGCUGCAUUUCCUUYCUGGUUUAAUAUAAUAAGUAACCUUGGUGGUGACUUGAAUGCUGGUGUCACUCACACGACGGGAGGGUUGCAGCUGCCUUCCUGCUGCUGGCUGCUCUCUGYUGCCCUAAACUUAAACAGGGCCCAGUUUUAAUGCUGCUGGGGUAGGAAUGCCUCCUUCCUUCCAGCCAUGUUGCUGGGGAUCCCAUCCUGGAUAGCAGAGGCACCAAACUCCUURCAAAGAAAGCCCUGAGCCUGGAGCUGAUGGUUGCAGGGGCAGGAUUUGUCCCGCUGGCCUCUUGCAGGGGAUCUGCAACCAUGCAGAGCUGUGUUGCUUUCCCACCUGCUGCUGGAACUGUUCCUGCCUGCAGGGCUGUGCCUGAUUCUGCACAGGACUGGGCUGUCUUGCUCYAAGCAGCUGAGGGAGAGGGGUUCAGGCUGGGUCCAGGGAAUGCUGAGAUUUGUCAAAGUGCUGCUUGGGAGAAAAUAAAGCAUAGCACAAGGUACAGAGGUACCUGAGGGAGCAGUCACUUGGUGUCUAGC